AGACACUGCAUACAGCUGUGAUCUUCUGUCUGCUCUGGUUCGCUGCCAACUAUACUUUCAACCUGUCAAUCAAUCUGACCUCUGUGGCGGCUGUCACAAUCAUAUCCUCGACAUCUGGGUUCUUCACAAUGAUGUUUGAGCAGAUGCUACCAAGAACUGACUCGGAUAGCAGCGGCUUCUCCGUGUUCAAAGGUCUUCUCAUUCUCAUGUCCGUGUGUGGUGUGGGCUUUGUGAGUCUUUCCGACACCCACAAGAGCGAAGACAUGGGAGGCCAGCGCAAGCUACAGGGGGACGUUAUCGCGCUCAUAAGUGCCGCCUUUUACGGCGCCUAUUUAGUGUUUCUGGAGAAAAAGAUCGGCAAUGAGGAACGGUGCAACAUGAUGAUGUUCUUUGGAUUCGUGGGGUUGUGUAACAUCGUGUUGCUCUCGCCAGUGUGCAUUGUGAUGCAGAUACUCAGUUCGGAGGCUUUUGUUUGGCCAGCAGCCAGACCGUUUAUGUAUCUCUGUCUGAAUGCAAUCGUUGGCACAGUCCUGUCCGAUUAUCUCUGGAUAUAUUCUACUCUUCUUACGUCGCCUUUGGUCGCUACUCUAGGGCUGAGUCUGACGAUACCAACUGCGGUCAUGGUGGACUAUCUCUGGGGAAAUGUAGAAAUUGAUUCUGGAUUUAUGCUUGGCAUGGGCUUAGUUCUGAUUGCAUUCGUGGGCAUUAAUCUGGCAUCGUAUAUGCCGUUGCUGAAAUGGCUGUACGAAUGGGUUCGGUCAUGCGCGGGUGUCAAGGUUGCCUACAUUCUGCUCGGAUACAAACCAGAUGCCUCGGAGAAUAUGCCUACUAUACACGAGGUAUAAAUCAUGUAAAUAUGCAGGCAUCGAUACACAAGCUCUCGAAACGGUCGAAACAGUGUCCUGGGGGUCGACCAGAAGCUGGAUUCGAAGAAAAAAAAAUACAAUCCGGCAAACUGUACUGAGAGGCUCACGAACGCAAUCAGGCAGGUAAAUGUUCGACUGCUUUGUGGAUAGUAGGUGUAGCAAACCUUACACAGAUGAGUGGGCCAACAAUGUCCCGAUCAGACGACUUCUGCCAGUGGAUGUGGGAGCACGCGGGGUCAGACUAUCGGUCUAUCAAAAGCGGCUUCUCCACUCACGACCGAGAGUGCCACUCUGAUACAGUGCAUAUGUCAUGGGUGCGAGGCUGGCGCUGAUGAGAUUAAAUAGCACUCAGCUGCACUUGUGUCGAACAGGGAUGUUAUUAGCGAUGAACGUCUCAGAGAGAAGCUCUGAGGGUGACGACAGGGUAGGGCCCUGGGCCCCACUUCAGUUGAAGCAAAAACACUCGGCUGACAUGAACAGCAAAGCGGCUCGUAUAUACUGCCGGUUCUGAAUCCGAAUCCUCCUACGGCGCAAAUAGCUCAACACACACCUGCAAGCUGCCCCGCACAGAUACAAUACAGCCAACAGCUUCUCAGCCUAACACUGCAAUUGGGGUGCAUCGCAUACACGAUCUCGUAGAGCAGUGACAUAAAAAUCCCAACGGGCAUGCAUAUAAACUGCAUUGUUGAUUCGAUAGGCGAUGUUGCCGCUGGAGCUUUAAAUACGAACAUGCAGCGCGAGAAAGCGAAACUCAGAUCGCUUUGGGAUACCAGCAGACCGAUCCCCAGCGAUAGAGGAUAUCGGCCAUUGGCAAAUUCUAGUAUUGUAAUAAAAAUCGGGUGGAC